GGUGGCCGUUUGCUCCUGGAGGAGACCCCCCCCCCACGCGGGAAAAAAAAGGACCCCCCCUCCAACGUCAUCGACCCCCCCCCUCUCUCUCUCUUUCUCGGUGGAAUCGCCCCCUGCUUCCAGGUGCGAUCAGAAGGCUGCAGCCAUGACGGACUCCAAAUACUUCACCACCAAUAAAAAAGGGGAGAUCUUUGAACUGAAAGCCGAGCUCAACAACGAGAAGAAGGAGAAGCGGAAAGAGGCGGUGAAGAAGGUCAUUGCAGCCAUGACCGUGGGCAAGGAUGUCAGCUCCCUUUUUCCGGACGUGGUGAACUGCAUGCAGACUGACAACCUGGAGUUGAAGAAGCUGGUGUACCUGUACCUGAUGAACUAUGCCAAAAGCCAGCCGGAUAUGGCCAUCAUGGCCGUGAACAGCUUUGUGAAGGACUGCGAGGAUCCCAACCCUCUCAUCCGCGCCCUGGCGGUGCGCACCAUGGGCUGCAUCCGCGUGGACAAGAUCACCGAGUACCUGUGCGAGCCCCUCCGCAAGUGCCUGAAGGACGAGGACCCCUACGUGCGCAAGACGGCGGCCGUCUGCGUGGCCAAGCUGCACGACAUCAACGCCCAGAUGGUGGAAGACCAGGGCUUCCUCGACUCCCUCCGCGACCUCAUCGCCGACUCCAACCCCAUGGUGGUGGCCAACGCCGUCGCCGCCUUGUCCGAAAUCAGCGAGUCCCACCCCAACAGCAACCUGCUGGAUCUCAACCCGCAGAACAUCAACAAGCUGCUCACCGCUCUGAAUGAGUGCACCGAGUGGGGCCAGAUCUUCAUCCUGGACUGCCUCUCCAACUACAACCCGAAGGACGACCGGGAAGCCCAAAGCAUCUGCGAGCGAGUGACCCCCCGCCUCUCUCACGCCAACUCUGCCGUGGUGCUUUCGGCCGUCAAGGUCCUCAUGAAGUUCCUAGAGCUCCUGCCGAAGGACUCGGACUACUACCACAUGCUGCUGAAGAAGCUGGCCCCUCCGCUGGUCACCCUGCUGUCCGGAGAGCCCGAGGUCCAGUACGUCGCCCUGCGGAACAUCAACCUGAUCGUGCAGAAAAGGCCAGAAAUCCUGAAGCAGGAGAUCAAGGUGUUCUUUGUCAAGUACAACGACCCCAUCUACGUCAAACUGGAGAAACUUGAUAUCAUGAUUCGCUUGGCCUCCCAGGCCAACAUCGCUCAGGUCCUGGCUGAGCUGAAGGAGUACGCCACGGAGGUGGACGUGGACUUCGUGCGCAAAGCCGUGCGGGCCAUCGGGCGAUGCGCCAUUAAGGUUGAGCAAUCCGCCGAGCGUUGCGUGAGCACACUCCUGGAUCUCAUCCAGACGAAGGUCAACUAUGUGGUCCAGGAAGCCAUUGUUGUCAUCCGGGACAUCUUCCGCAAGUAUCCCAAUAAGUACGAGAGCAUCAUCGCCACCCUGUGCGAGAACCUGGACUCUCUGGAUGAGCCGGACGCCCGAGCGGCCAUGAUCUGGAUCGUGGGCGAAUACGCAGAGAGGAUCGACAACGCGGACGAGCUCCUGGAAAGCUUCCUGGAGGGAUUCCAUGACGAAAGCACCCAGGUCCAGCUCACCCUCCUGACAGCCAUCGUGAAGCUGUUCUUGAAGAAGCCGUCCGAAACGCAGGAGCUGGUCCAGCAGGUCUUGAGCCUGGCCACGCAGGACUCUGAUAAUCCGGACCUGCGCGACCGCGGCUACAUCUACUGGCGCCUCCUCUCCACCGACCCCGUCACGGCCAAAGAGGUGGUCUUGUCGGAGAAGCCCCUGAUCUCCGAAGAGACCGACCUGAUCGAGCCCACCCUGUUGGACGAGCUCAUUUGCCACAUUGGCUCGCUGGCCUCCGUGUACCACAAGCCUCCCAACGCCUUCGUGGAGGGCAGCCACGGGAUCCAUCGCAAGCAUUUGCCCAUCCACCACGGAAGUACUGAUGCAGGGGACAGCCCGGUGGGGACCACAGCCGCGCCGAACCUGGAGCAGCCGCAGGUGAUCCCGUCCCAGGGAGACCUGCUCGGCGACCUCUUGAACCUCGACCUCGGCCCGCCCGUCAACGUGCCCCAAGUCUCGUCCAUGCAAAUGGGGGCCGUGGAUCUCCUUGGAGGGGGUCUGGACAGCCUGCUUGGCAGUGACCUUGGCGGGGGAAUUGGAGGCAGCCCUGCAGUGGGACAGACCUUCAUCCCGUCCUCGGUGCCUGCGACCUUCGCCCCUUCGCCGACUCCGGCCGUGGUCAGCAGCGGACUCAAUGACCUCUUUGAGCUGUCUUCCGGCAUCGGCAUGGCCCCCGGCGGAUUCGUGGCUCCCAAGUCGGUUUGGCUGCCGGCCGUGAAGGCCAAAGGGCUGGAGAUCUGCGGCACCUUCAGCCACAGGCAGGGGCACAUCUACAUGGACAUGACCCUCACCAACAAGGCCCUGCAGCACAUGAGUGACUUUGCCAUCCAGUUCAACAAAAACAGCUUCGGAGUCAUUCCCAGCACGCCCUUGGCCAUCCACACCCCUUUGAUGCCAAACCAGAGCAUUGAUGUGUCUCUUCCCCUCAACACCUUGGGCCCGGUCAUGAAAAUGGAACCACUUAACAACCUCCAGGUGGCCGUGAAGAACAACAUUGACGUCUUCUACUUCAGUUGCCUUAUCCCCCUCAACGUGCUCUUUGUAGAGGAUGGCAAAAUGGAGCGCCAGGUCUUCCUCGCGACUUGGAAAGACAUUCCGAAUGAAAAUGAGCUCCAGUUCCAGAUCAAGGAGUGUCACCUCAACGCCGACACCGUUUCCAGCAAGCUGCAAAGCAACAACGUUUACACCAUCGCCAAGCGCAACGUCGAGGGCCAGGACAUGCUGUACCAGUCGCUGAAGCUCACCAACGGAAUCUGGAUACUUGCUGAGCUGCGCAUUCAGCCGGGCAACCCCAACUACACGCUCUCUCUGAAAUGCCGCGCUCCAGAAGUGUCCCACUACGUCUACCAGGUCUAUGACGGCAUUUUGAAAAACUAACCCCUCGAAGCCGCCGCCGCCGCCGCUGCCGCCUCACCCCACGGAGAAGCGAGAGGGAGGAGCAGCGCCACACACUCCGCUGCCCCCCUUUUUUUUUUGUCGGCUCAGGCCAGGAACACUCUCUCUCUCUCGAUGUGGGGCGGAGGGGGGCGGGUCGGCGGGUCGGCAGCCCCUGUGUUGUGUCGGCGGCCUCGGCCCGACCUGCCAAGGCGGAACCAAGGUAGCGAGUAGCGUUCCGGUAACCGUAGGGGGGGGGGGAACGGCCCCGUUUGAUACUUUUAGCGUCUGUGACCAGUUUGUAGCCACUCGGCGUCGCCCUGUUUCCCCCGCCGUCCCGUGCCACGUCCGUCUCGUCCGUUUGUGCCCGUGCGCUUCCCACAUCUCGUGCCAACGCUUCGCAUUCCCCAAACCACUGUAGGCCUCUAGUUGGUAUUUUGUAAGACGCACCCUCGUUUUCAACGCACACACACACACACAAUCUCUCCGCCAGGCCGGAGGCACCGGAGACAACACCCCCCCACACCACACAGCACUUUAUUCUUUUGUAUUCGCGCACUUCUGACGACGGUUAUUUUUAUUUUGUUUGGCGACUCACCGGCUGUUUAAAGCAGGCAGAGAUCAAGGACGGAGCCUCCG